CGCUCGGCCAGUCCACCGCCACCGCCGCCGAGAACGUCAACGCUUGGUCCGGCACCGCCUCGCUUCUCCCUCUUUUGGGAGCAUUUGUGGCCGAUUCAUUCCUUGGCCGAUACCGGACCAUUAUUUUUUCUUCGUUGCUCUACAUUCUGGCGGAGUGACCGGAUGAUAGCGAAGGAAAUACGAUAAUCAGGAGAGUGUUUACGGGAAUCCCUUUUUUCAGCAACUAAAAUUGGAGACUGACAUUAUUUAUAGUUUAUAGUUGGUAAACAAAUAAUGUAGAGGGAAUUCCUAAAGAAAUUGACUUUGCCGAGCAUUAAAAGAAAAGAAAAAAAAAAAGAAUCUUAAAGAAAGUAUAGAUGAGGUGGAAUUUCUUCAAGCAAGCGGGGUGACUCGUGAAAUUUUCUAUGCUUGCUUGGCGAAGUGCAAGGUUAAUGAAGAAUUGACGAUGUAGUAAGUUCUAACUGAAUUUGUAGACUUUUGCCUGGGGUCUCAUGUUAAACUGCAUACGGGCUGCCAGCAAUUGCAUAAAUGAUCAUGCGCUGCUACUUUCAGUUGAUUGUUCUACUAAGAUGUGUCUCAAAUGAAUUGCAAAAGGGACUUGGGCUGUUGACUCUGUCUGCUGUGCUUCCAUCUUUCAGUAGUUCUGAUUGCCUAAAUGCCACCAAUGUCAGCCCAUGUUCUCCUCCUCAACUUCAAGUCGUCUUCUUUUUCUUCUCCCUGUAUCUUGUGGCAGUUGCACAAGGAGGGCACAAGCCUUGUGUGCAGGCUUUUGGAGCUGACCAGUUUGAUUCACAGGAUCCCCAAGAGCGGAAAGCCAAGAGCUCAUUCUUCAAUUGGUGGUAUUUUAGUUUGUGUGCUGGUACCUUGACAACGCUUUGGAUCCUGAAUUACAUCCAAGACAAUCUUAGUUGGGGCCUAGGGUUUGGGAUCCCCUGUAUUAUGAUGGUCUUUGCCCUGGCCAUCUUCCUCCUUGGUUCUAUCACAUAUAGGUUUGGCAUCAAAAGUGAGGAAAAAAGCCCAAUUAUUAGAAUUGGUAGGGUUUUUGUUCAAGCAGCUAGGAAUUGGCGCACCACCUCUUCAGCAAUAGCCAUGGAAGAGGAAGCUAAAGGAAUACUUCCUCACCCGGGUUCUGAUCAAUUCAAGUUUCUUAAUAAGGCCUUGCUUGCACCAGAUGGUUCAAAGGAGGAAGGAAAAGUUUGUAGUAUCAAUGAGGUUGAAGACGCGAAAGCAGUUUUGAGGCUGGUUCCAAUUUGGACCACGUGCUUGGUAUAUGCCAUUGUCUUUGCACAAUCCUCUACUUUUUUCACAAAGCAAGGAGCUACAAUGGACAGAUCAAUUGGCCCAAGCUUUGAUAUACCAGCUGCUACACUUCAGUCUUUUAUAAGCCUAUCCAUCAUCGUUUUCAUUCCAAUUUAUGACCGUCUUUUUGUUGCCAUUGCCAGAGCUAUAACACAGGAACCCCUGGGCAUAACAAUGCUUCAAAGAGUUGGAACUGGACUACUCUUUUCAACUAUUUCUAUGGUGAUUGCAGCUAUGGUUGAGGGCAAGCGACUUGAAACCGCUAUAAAAUAUGGGCUUGUAGAUAAGCCCAAGGAAACAGUUCCAAUGAGUAUAUGGUGGCUGGUACCUCAAUACGCAUUCUUUGGAAUAGCCGAUGUGUUCACCAUGGUCGGCCUGCAAGAGUUCUUCUACGAUCAGAUGCCGAGUGAGUUGAAGAGCGUUGGUCUCUCGCUGUACCUUAGUAUUUUCGGAGUUGGGAGCUUCCUAAGCAGCUUUCUCAUCUCAGUUGUGGAGAAUAUUACAGGUAGGGAUGGUCAAGAAAGUUGGUUUUCCAGUAACUUGAACCGGGCACAUAUCGAUUACUUCUACUGGCUGCUUGCGGGACUUAGUGCAGUGGCAUUGGUGGCUUAUGUGUACUUUGCAAAAACUUACAUUUACAGAAAAGAAUGCACAAUCUGAAAUUAUUGGUUGGCAUUGAAGGACCGUCUCAGGCCUUAUCAGUUGUGUAUCAGUGUGUGUAUAUUCUGUUUGGUGUUAUUAUUUGAAGUACCGUUUGAAUAAGCUGUGUAUCAGUGUAUAUUAGGUGCAAAGUUGCAGAAUUGUUGUGUAUCUUAUUUGACAUGUCAUUUGGCUUUUUGAAUCCGCGCUUCGAACA